CUGAUUUACUCGCGGAAGUGGACAGGAGAGGCUGCUGAAGCGACACGGAGUUUGUUUUUGACUCCACUUUUCUGAGGACAUAAAACGCCUCGCUCUCUUUUCAAAAUGUCGGAUUUUGACAACAACCCGUUCGCAGAUCCUAAUCCCUUUAACGAUCCUUCUGUCACACAGGUGACCACCUCCAACAUAGAGCCUGUUGAACAGUACAACCCGUUUCCCCGGUCCAAUGAGGGAUUAGCCACUCACACCACGCCUGCCACCACCACUCCUUACCAGCCCGCUGUGCUGCAGCCUUCGACGGAGCCCAGUCCGCAGGCGUCUGCUGCCGCAGCUCAAGCCACCCUGCUGAAACAGCAGGAAGAUUUGGAGAGAAAAGCUGCUGAACUGGACCGCAGGGAGCGGGAGCUCCAGAGCAGAGCCCCAACAGAAAAAGAGAACAACUGGCCACCACUUCCUAAGUUCUUCCCCAUCAAACCGUGUUUUUAUCAGGACUUCUCAGAGGAAAUCCCCGAACAGUACAGGAGGGUCUGCAAAAUGAUGUACUACCUCUGGAUGUUCAACUGUAUGACUCUGUUCCUCAACCUGCUGGCGUGCCUGGCUUACUUCACCACCGGAGACCACGGAGUUGACUUCGGCCUCUCCAUUCUGUGGCUCGUGCUCUUCAGUCCCUGCUCCUUCCUCUGCUGGUACCGACCCGUCUAUAAGGCCUUCAGGACUGACAGCUCCUUCAACUUCUUCUUCUUCUUCUUUGUGUUUUUUGUGCAAAUUGCAAUCUUCAUCAUCCAGUCCGUGGGCAUCCCCUCCUGGGGGAACAGUGGUUGGAUAUCUGCCAUGUCUGUAAUAGGAUCAAACAAGGCAGUAGGAAUCAUCAUGAUUAUCGUGGCCAUCCUCUUCACCAUGUGUGCCGCUACAUCUAUCAUCCUCCUCAAGAUGGUCCAUGGCAUGUACCGCCGCACCGGGGCCAGUUUCCAAAAGGCCCAGCAGGAACUGUCACACGGGGUCAUGAGCAGUCGAACGUUUCAGUCAGCAGCCACCGGAGCAGCCUCAGCCGCUGCCCAGGGAGCCUUCCAGGGGAACAACUAGGUGUGCAAUGAGCUGAAAGUAGCUCAUUUUACAGCUCAGGGUCUGUAUGUUAGAAAGUUGUAAAGUUGACAGGCAUCAAAUUUGCAGGGAUUCUACGUGAGCAGGAUCAGUUCUCUGGAAUUCUGGAUUUCUAGAAACUCAAAAUGAACCUUCUAACGUAUAGACCUUGAGCCAGGCGAGGCUGUUAUUAGCCUCCUCUAUGAGUACAUGUGUAAUUUUACAUGGUAGCUUCUAGUUUUCACAUUAGGAGUCAUCCUGCAGGGUGAACUCGUCUGACCCUGUGGAUGAGCAGAGUGAGAAGUCGUACAUUCAGUACAAACUGGGACGGAAAAAUGCAAAUGAAGAUCACCAAUCGCUGCUUUGUGGCCACUUUUUGA